AUGCGUGUCGCCGACGGCAUUGCCGUCGCCCUUGGCCUCGCGGGCGCGGCCUCUGCAUCUCUCCAUCCGCGUUCUCACGCCUCGCGCGACUAUUUCGCCGUCCAUCUCGACGACGCCACGCCGCCCGCCCACAUUGCUCGACUGUUCGAUGCUCGACACGAAGGCCAGAUCGGAGAGCUUACAGGCCAUCACACUUUUUCCGUGCCGCGCCAUCUAGGCCCCCGUUUCAAAGAUCGCCUGGAGGAGGCCAAAACGAAGCGGAAUCUCCGUCGGCGAUCAGGAGAUGGCGCCGCAUUCCAAAGCGAGGAUCCUUUAGAUGGCAUCCUCUGGGCACAGAAGCUUGCUCCGCCAAGGCAGCGGUUGCAAAAGCGAGCGCCUCCGCCGUCUGAACAUGUCGCACCAAGAAUCGCAAGGAACUCGGAUAUGCAGGUCUCGGAGGAACAACAGAACGAGAUUAUGUCCACCUUAGGCAUUACUGAUCCGAUAUUCAAAGAACAAUGGCAUCUGUAUAAUGUCUUGCAACCCGGUCACGAUCUCAACGUCACCGGCAUCUGGCUAGAGGGUAUCACAGGCAAGGGCGUUGCGACGGCAGUGGUCGAUGAUGGACUGGACAUGGACAGCAAUGACCUGAAGCCUAACUAUUUUGCGGAAGGUUCCUGGGAUUUCAAUGAACAUAGUCCUGAGCCGCGCCCCUUGCUCUUCGAUGACCGGCACGGUACCCGUUGCUCAGGAGAGAUCGCAGCAGCCAGGAAUGACGUUUGUGGUGUGGGCGUAGCAUAUGACAGCAAAGUGUCCGGAAUUCGCAUCCUGUCCAAACCAAUCGACGAUGUCGAUGAGGCAGCGGCCAUCAACUUCGCUUUCCAGGACAACGACAUCUACUCAUGCUCCUGGGGACCCCCAGACGAUGGCGCCACCAUGGAUGCCCCAGGACUUUUGAUCAAACGUGCAAUGGUCAAUGGUGUUCAGCAAGGACGCGGUGGGAAGGGAUCGGUGUUUGUAUUUGCUGCCGGAAAUGGUGCCUUAUUCGGCGAUAACUGCAAUUUCGACGGAUACACCAACAGUAUCUAUAGCGUAACCGUCGGUGCUAUUGAUCGGCAGGGACAUCACCCAACAUACUCGGAGUCUUGCUCGGCGCAGCUGGUGGUCGCAUAUAGCAGUGGAUCCGGCGAUGCUAUCCACACCACUGAUGUGGGCACAGACAAGUGCUACUCGCAGCACGGUGGCACCUCGGCGGCCGGUCCGCUUGCUGCCGGCUCCAUUGCACUUGCUCUCAGCGCUCGACCGGAGCUAACAUGGCGCGAUAUUCAGUAUUUGAUGGUGGAAACUGCGAUUCCCGUGGAUGAAAACGACGGGAGCUGGCAGAAUCUCCCCUCGGGAAAGAAGUUCAGCCACACCUGGGGAUUUGGAAAGGUUGACACCUACACGUUUGUCCAGAAGGCCCGAAACUGGGAUCUGGUAAAGCCUCAGGCGUGGUUCCACUCUCCCUGGUUGAGAGUACACAAGGAAAUUCCCCAGGGCAAACAGGGCCUGCUGAGUCGGUUCAUUGUGACCUCUGAACAUGUAAAUGGCGCGAAUUUGGCUCAGCUGGAACAUGUGACUGUUACCAUGAACGUGAACCACACUCGCCGUGGUGAUCUCAGCGUCGAAUUGCGCAGCCCGAAAGGCAUUGUCAGUCAUCUGAGUGUUGCCCGCGACAGCGACAACGAAAAUUCCGGUUACGUGGACUGGACCUUCAUGUCCGUUGCUCACUGGGGCGAGUCGCCUCUGGGAGAGUGGACCGUCAUUGUCAAGGACACCGAGGUCAACGAGUUCUCAGGCGAUUUCGUUGACUGGCGACUCAACCUCUGGGGUGAAGCUGUCGAUGGUGCCAAACAAGCGCUCCACCCGUUGCCAGAAGAAAAUGACGACGACCACCCUUAUGAGGACGCGCAUGUCGCGACUACUACUAUCGCGGCUGCGCCAUCCAAAACCGCUACUCCUACCAACCCUGACGAUCAUCACGAUCGCCCUGUAAAUGAAAAGCCCGGCGCGUCAACCGAGACAGGGCUCCCAAUUGAGGAAUUGGAGUCUACAAACACCACUGCCAGUAGCACUCCUUCGCCUUCCUCAACUUCGGGAAGUUCUCUGUCUAACUAUCUACCCUCGUUUGGCGCGUCAAAGCGCACUCAGAUUUGGAUUUAUGCAUCUCUGGCCAUGAUCAUUGUAUUCUUCAUCGGCCUGGGCGUCUACUUCCAGCUCCAGCGACUCAAGCGUCGCCGCACCAACCCCAACGAUGACUACGAGUUUGAGAUGAUUGAGGAUGAAGAUGAAAUGCGCCCCAUGACUGGUGGCACUGGUCGGACUCAGCGUCGUGGUGGGGAGUUAUAUAAUGCUUUCGCUGGGGAAAGUGAUGAGGAAAUCUUCAGUGACGAUGAUGAGCCCUACCGGGAUCGUCUCGCUAACAUCCAAGAGAAGGAUGAUGAAGAUGAUUCGCCGGAUAGUCAUCUUCUCUCUAAAUAG